CGUGUCCGCACGCAACGGCAUCCUCCUCCAGCAGCAGCAGCAGGUGAGAACUCCUGGAAAGCAGAUGGCCUCCAAUGGACGAACAGAGGAAUCGAGAAGGAAACUUUAGGGUUUUCUCUUACUAGGCUUCCGGGGGUGGCAAUUUUCUCAGCGCCGAGAAAGUUCGGGAAAUGGCGAGAAACGAGGAGGGGGAGGGCUCGUAUAGAGGUAAUAAUGGUUCUGAGACGGCCACCAUCAGAGUCAGAGCGAGGCCGGAUCCUUUCUUGGUCGUUUUCCGAUGCUUCAGCUUCAUCACGGCUAUGGUAGCCAUUCUUUGCAUUGUCGUCAACGUUCUCUCUGCUGUGCGUUCCUUCAAGAACGGAUCAGAUAUAUUUGAUGGCAUAUUUCGGUGUUAUGCCGUUGUGAUUGCAUUCAUCGUCGUCGUUGCUGAGACAGAAUGGGGAUUCAUCAUGAGGUUUUGGAAGGUGUUGGAAUAUUGGGCUGGCAGGGGUAUGCUGCAGAUCUUUGUUGCUGUAAUGACAAGAGCUUACCCUGAGGACUCUGGCAAGCAGGAGCUUAUCCUUCUCCAAAACAUAUCAUGUUAUGCACUUCUUGCCUGUGGUGUUGUUUAUAUUAUUUCGGGAAUUUUAUGUAUGGGCCGUAUCAAACGUGCUCGCCAAAAGAAAGAAUUAUCAAGGGAGCAAGCCGUUAAGGAUCUGCAGGAGUUAGAGCAGCGAAGAGAGGAGCUUGAAGCUUUGUUGUUGGCUGAAGAAAGAACCUGAGAGGCUGAGGCUGGGGACGGGGGCAAUUCAAGGCCACCCAUUCUCAGGCUUCAACAGCGGCCAUAAAAUGAAACUGAUAGUUACAGAUUACCAAUGUUUGUUCUUUGUGUAUGGUGUAAGGUUUUAUAAUGUAGCUUCCUUGUAACAGAGAGUUGGAAAAGCAUAGUUAAUGAUCCUUCUUGCUGUUUUGGAUUUUAAGCUAA